UGUACUCCGUAGGGUCCAAAGAUGCCGUUAUCGGAGUUCCGCAAGAAAAAAUUACUCUUCGUCUUCAACGCUUUCUUCGAUGUUAAUCAAAGUGGCACCAUCGACAUGAAGGAUUUCGACCUCGCCGUGCAACGAAUCUGCAACUCCAGGCAUUGGAAACCGGAUGACGUCAUGUCGCAAAACAUCAAAGACACUCUAACGAAGGUUUGGGAGGGACUGAAGCAACGGGCGGAUGCCGAUCAAGACGGACAGAUCAGUCGAGACGAGUGGUACUCGAUGUGGGAGGAGUACGCGAAAGAUCCGGCGCACGCACUCGAGUGGCAGCAAACGUACAUGAACUUCAUGUUCGAUCUCGAGGACUCUUCCGGUGAUGGAUCGAUCGACGAGACUGAAUUCAGCAAGGUGUGCGGCAGUCACGGCGUCGAGGAGACCGAGGCGCGCGAGGCGUUCAAGAAACUGGGGGUGGGUAAGGAGGUGACUCGCGAGAAAUUUGCCGAUUUGUGGAAGCAAUAUUUCUGCUCCGACGACCCGAGCGUACCUGGAAACUUUAUAUUCGGAAAGACCUCUUUCUAAACUCCGUCACCCUGUGAGAUUUUAAGGCGCGCGCAUAUACAUACACACAUGUAUAUUUUACGACAGAUUGUUAUUAUUAUUUAACGCUAAACGUUACGGCUCGCUAAUGAAAAUAGACGCAAACCCUGUAAUCUAAUAGUCAAAAUUCUAUUUCGUUUACUGCUCUCCUGUGUAAUUAUAUCAAGACGAUGAAUAUAAUUAUAAUUAAACGAU